GUUUUCGUUACUUUUGAGCUACGACAUAAUGCGUUCUUUGAAAUCACAUUUUAUUUUCAUGAAACGCAAAAUGUUAUUCAAUGAAAAUAGGCACAAGAGAAGAAAACAGCGAAGGGCCUGAGCGAGUGAAACACGUUUUGAUCACCUUGACCUCACUGUGACCUUCGGGCGAAUGAAUGAAAUCGAGGCUGAGAAAAGCAUGCAGGUGAGCGCGGCAGUGUUUACCUUCGAAAAUAGUGUAUUUGUCGUUCAUUCCAAGCUUCACUUCUAAUGAGUAUGUACUGAUUAUGGAAAAAGUGACAUAUUAAUUGUAAUAGAAUCACUGUUCUUGCCCGACGGAGUUAUGAUUAGGGUAUUUUGAUCUUUGUUGACAAUUUGCAAGUAGGAUAUAUAUUGACUACAUCAUCAUUAUCAUGGCGUCGAGUUCCCUAAGUCAAGAAAGCUUAGAUAGGGAUGACUACGAAAUAAACUGCCGUCGAAGUAAAUUGAAACCAACCAGAGGUCGAAGUGGGGGAUAUAAAGCCGGUCCAGAGAGUGCUGACAACACAGGGGAUGGACUGGACAAGAACGGCGACGGUCACUGUCCUGUGCUUCCAGAUCGAAGUCCCAAUCGUGGCGGAGACCACGAGUCGCCGUCUCGUCUAGGUACCCCUUCUAGAUCCAAGGACUCGUCAAAAAGAAGACCAAACCAUUUACACAAAGGAAAGACGGCCAAGGACAAAAGAAAAUUGAGGGAGAAGAGAAGAAGCACAGGUGUCGUGCAUCUCCCAUCCGAGAGUACAGGAGAUUCUCUUGAUGAAGAAGAUGCUGGGGUAGAAACCAAGAAGAACACAUCGUACAAUGAAGUCAUUGAUAAUGACAACCCAGAGACACCAGUAGAGAACCGACUUUCAAAAUCCUUUGCCUCGAGGUGCAGAAAUAAAAGUCCUUCUGACCUCGAAGCUGACUUAGAAGAUAACCAGGACUAUGACAGCACCGUCAGCCAGUCAGAGACCAAUCUCACCAUCAUUGGGCAAUCGGCCGCAUCAACAAGCCAAUCAACUUAUGCAAAGCAUUCACCAGAAAAAGAACUCAGCAGAAUUCAGAAGACAGAGGAGGCCAGGACAACCUUUAAUAACCAAGACAGAGACAGAGGCCACGCCAGCACUGUAGGAGGCCGAGUUUCUCUGUCAGCAUUUAAUAGAUUUGACCGUGAUUCUUCUGGCUUUGCCAAGCUUAGUUAUAAAACCAAUCUGAUAGACAUUGACUCUAGUCACUCCAGGCCAUCAUUGCGUCCAUCUCAGCAGGAGCUUAAAUUGCAGGAGAAAAACAAAGAGUUGGAGAAGCAAUUGGCAAAAGAAAAAGAAGAAAACCAAAGACUAAAGGAGCUGUUGGAAGGCAGAGACAGACAGAUUGCAAGAUUGGAAAGGGAAAUUGCUCUGCUCAACCAGGAUCUUGAUGUCUUGGAUGAAGAAAAUAUCAAGUUAAUCACAGAAAAUAAAGUCCUUCUGCAGAGUGUACGUUCAUUUGGUAGUGAUGUCUAAGAACAUGGUUAAUUGGGUAUACAUAUUGUGUAAUAAUUAUAAUGCAAGUCAAUAUUUACAAACACAGUCAAUAUUCUUUAACUUUAUUGUAGACUUUAUUUGUUCAUUUUGAUUAAACUGCAAUGCUGGUGAUUUACCAGUAAAUGAAAAUGGUCACAUAUAGUUGAAAGAAUUAUAUUAAAAAAAACUCAAAUUGUUAAAUGUUUUCUUUAACUUUUCUAUAGCUUGGCACUUAUACUUAAAUGUUUUUCAAAAUAUGCUUUGAUUUUAGAAAUUGGCAUCCACAUGUUGUUUUAGUUAUAUACCUGACACAUCACCAUUUAAUGUACUUUUUUUGUGUAAUAUAACAUAUCUUAUAUGAUGCGGGAGGCAUUUUUGGAAUUGUUCAGAAUUUUUUGGCAAUGGCAGUAACAUAUCAAAACCAGAGUGUAAGAUUCUCUAUUGAGGCUUUUGAGGUGACAGUGAUUUAAAAUCUCUUUAUAGUGAAAGCAUAUAAUAGCCAGUUGUGCACUUGUGAAAACUUGAACAAACUUUAUUUUAUUGAUUGAUUUAUUAAUUUAAAAUAUUGAUAAAGGUAACAUGUUUGAAUUAUUAUGCACAUGUUCUAUGAGGACAUUUUGAUCUGCAUUGGUGAAACUAAAUGUUGUACUGUUAAAUGUAAUGUGAUAUGAAUGACAGCCGCUAUAAAGACUCUGUAGCUGUUAAAAGUCUGAAUAUGAUUUUAAAAAGGGAAUUCUGCUGAGCAGAAGAGUGGUAUAAUGUAACUUCUGUAUAUGUACAUAAAGCCUAGGAUUUGCAGCAUAUUUAGGUUAAGGUAGAAGAGGUUUGUAGUCUAUGUAUUUCUUGGUAGAUACCUUUUGCUUCAAAGAAGUGUUUUAUUAUGCUACUUUUCUGUGCCAUAUUUUAUCACUUAGUGCUAAAUUAGAAAAAAAAAUGGCAUUAUUGUUGUACAUUGUGACAUAUUUUCCCUCUCAUGUGCUAAAUUAUUGGUGACAGAUCCUCAUGUGGUGUUUAAUUAAUGCAAUUUCAUGUUUCUCAAAGAAAUGAACCACCAAACUUUGAGGUAGUCAAGGUGGCUGUGAUGUAAAAAGAAGCAUGUGUGUGUGUGAUAGAUCUGAUGUCUUUUUUCCCCAUUCAUGACAUAUUGCAUUCUGAACAAAUGUUGUUAAUCAGAACAUUUCUUCUUUAUAGGACAUUUACAGGUUAUACAUAAUCAGUUUUAUUGAGCAUAGUUAACAGUAAUUAAACUUUCAUUCCUUUGUUUAAGUUAUUGAUAAUAUUCUCAAGAGUGAAGCACAGGACAACUAGUUACUGAAGGUUACAGGCUGUUUAUUAGCUAUUGUUUAUUAACUUUGUUCAUUGUUAAGGAUAUCUAGUAUUAGCAAUGUGAUAGCUCGUUAUUCCAAAAUGUAUUUCCAGUUUUGGAAUAUAAUAUUUUGUGGGGAUUUAUUUGCAGGUCUGUGGAGUGGUUUAUUUCAAGAACAAUUAUGAUUAUUAGACAAAUUAUAUCAUUGUUUGUAAAAAUAUUUUUAAAAAUUAUGCAAUUUUUGAAGUCAUUAAAUUAGUCAGUCACAGAA